AUGAAUAUUGCGAUUAAGUCUCGCUUUUUUCCACUCUCCAGUAAUAUACAAAUUUUGGCAUCUUUAGUUAGAAACUCUUCAACAACAACUAACGAUAAAAAAUAUUCUCUUGAGAAUAUUCCUAGAGAGACUGGUGGACGGAAUAGUUUUACGGGCAGUGUUGUUUCAGGAGAAGGUCAUUCUGAUUUACUCACAAAUUCGGAGGAUUCUUCAACUAAAGGAAAUGAGGAGCUACGCAUGUUUCGUGGUCCACUAACUUUGGGAAAUUUAAUAGAUGCUCUUGAGGCUUACGAAGGAUCUCCUGUUAUUUCUGUGAGAUUUUUGAUAUUUAAAAAAUUUACAAUUUAUUUUAGUUGCAUUCUGGGUUUUUGCGUAACCUUUAUAUAUUUAUAUAAGACCAAUCGAAACUGUUACACGGCAAAACAAUGA